UCACGUUUUUAUUUGCUGAGCUGUAGUUACGCUUGUAUUCUGCUGCUGACAUGUCUAACAGUAACAGAUAUGUUGUGUUUUGUGUUUUACUGGCUGGAGUUUGCUUCAUUUCAUGGAAACGAUCGUUAAUAGGUGUUAAAGAUGCUCUGAUGCUGUCUGGACGUGGGCUCAUACUGUUGGCCGUCUGUACAUUGAUGAUCUACAUGAUCCAGAGACUGAAGUCUUUCUUCUCUCCAGUGUGUCAAGAACCUUCAGCCAGUCCAUUACAUGAAUCCAGCAGACUGAAACAAGAACAAGCUAGAAUAAAUCAACAAAAUAAACACAAUGAAAAGACAUCGGAUUACGUGGAGGCCGUGAUAAAGCCGAGGCAGAAUUUAUUUCUUCAGCAGAAAAUGGAGCGUUACCAUCGCAUGACGGGAGAGACGUGGAAACUCAGUCAGGGUUUUACUGUCGGGGAGGAUGAGAGUGAAACGCAUGAUGAUGUUGAUGUAAAUGAGACCCCUUAUCAGAGAGCCAAAAGGAGGCGGAGACUGCAGACCGCUGCUCAAGUCACUGUCCAACAGGACGUCCCCAAAGAGAAGACGGUGAUUGUUUUACCUGAUGAGCCACAGCCGGACGCUGAGGGGGUUGUCAAAAUAGCCCUCAGAUGUCCAAGCGGAAGAACAAUCCACAGGAGAUUCCUCAAAACCUGGAGCUCUUUGCUUCUUCUUGACUGGAUAAAGAAGUCUGGAUAUCCUCCUGCACUCUACACGCUGUGUACGUCAUACCCCAGAAAACCUCUUCUGACGGCUGCUGAUGUGAGUCUGGAGGAUGCUGGGAUCCUCGUGGACACUGUACUGAAUGUUGAAGAGAAAGAUCCAUCCACGACAUAGACACAUACAUUUCUGAUAUACUUCUGUUAGACAGAAUGCAGCUAGUUGUGCUUUAAGUUUUUUUUCAAAUGUUUUAUAUUUAUGUUGUUUUUCUGUACUUUAUAUCAUGCAGAUAGUCUCAUUUUCCAACAAAUACUUGGAUUAGGAUGCAUUGUCUCAUUUUCCAACAAAUACUUGGAUUAGGAUGCAUCGUCUCAUUUCAGUAGAAAACUCUUCCAUAGUUACUGUUUCAUUUAAUGUUUAUGCAUUCAAUUUGUAAUUUGCAAAAGAUCCUGUAUACUUGAUGUACAACUUUGUAUUUGUAUUAAUAAAUAUAUGUAUUGUUAAAAUACAGCAACUUAAAUCAUGGAAAGUAAAGUUACUACAUAAUAUACAUCGUUUAAAUAAGUAUGUUGUGUAUUUUGGCAAAUAUACUAUAGUUGUAAGCUAAUAAAGACUCCAUAUAAAGGCCCUUUGCGUGAUGUGUAUUGUGUUUAUGAUCAUUCACACUGUUAUUUUACUAUUAUUAUAAAAUCCCAUUUUCUUACAGACAUUUAAAGCAGAAUUCAGUAUUUUGUCUCUUUAUCGCCAUCUGUCUUUAAAACAUUCAAUUGCAGGUUACUUUACCUGUGUUACCUGCAGUUUGUAACAAUUUUGCAGUAAAUAUCAAGCAAAUGAAAGAAAAGCACAACUAGCUGCUUGUAUUGAAGUAGCUUGUGAUUAAAAGUACUUUAUUAGUUCAAAUACAGCAAAGAGGAGGCUACCAUUUCUUGACAAAUACACAGAAGACAGUCAACACAAGAGAAAAAUAAACGUUUCAGAUUUGAGAGGACAGUCAGAUAAAGUCCUUAUACGCGCCUCGUCCGUCCCUUUCCUCAUUCCUUCUCAACAAAUUGUGUGUGUGUGUGUGUGUGUG